AUGAGACACCUGAACGAGGCCUUGGAGCUCAUCUCCCAGCUGCGCGAAGAAAACAAGGACCUGACAGCCCACAACCUCGAUCUCGAACAACGCGUCAUCACAACACGCCAAGAAUACGAAGAGCUGGAAGUGUCGCUGGAACAAACAAGCCUGGAACUGGCACAAAUCAAGCAGGAGGCAGCGACUGGCGAUGAAGAGGCACGCAAACGCAUCAGCGCUCAGGCCCAGGAGAUUCAACGACUUAACCAACUGAUGAUCCAUCCUGAAAAGCACGAGGAGGCCUUGAGCAAGCUUGCACUGCAGUUUCGACAGGAACAAGAAGACCACACAUCACUGCUUAAACAAGAUAUUGAGCAGUACCGUGCAGCAUACUACGACCUCAAAGAGGAAACGGAGAGGCUGGCAAAGGAACUUCGACAAACUCGGAGCAACCACGUUGCUUACUUGCAGGAGAUGGAGGCCGCACAUGCUGCUGAAGUAGACAACUUGAACAGAAAACUCAAGGCUGCGCAGGCUGAGCUUGACAACAGCCCGCUCACCGCUGAAGUGCGACGACUCAAGCUGCAAGUGAGCGAACUCACAAUGAAGCUGACAAACACCAAAGAAGAGAGCGAAAACCACCGCCGCUCCGUCAUCUCCCUUCGCGUCGAGCUCGAGCAGGCAAACCAACGUGUUGUGCUGCUUGAAACGGAGUUGGCAACAAGCUCCGUGUCACUGGACUCACAAAAGCAAGGCUACAACCAACAGCUUGAGCAACUCAAGACACGCCACACAGAGCUUGCGCAUCAAAUUGACACCCUGAAGCAGGCAAACGAUGCGGCAAAGCAGACGUUUGCAACUGAGCGGGCCCACCUCGAGGACACCAUUCGCCAGCUCAAGAACGAACUCUCGACGGCAAGGCUGAGUGCGAGCAAGACGGCUUCGGAACACGAGCAAGAAGCUCAGGCACUGAAGCAGCAGAUUCAUGAGUUCAAAACGCGGGAGCGCGUCCACCAGGAAAACGUGAAGCAGCUCGAGCAAAGCCUUCUCGAAGCUGAGCACAGCACAGCUGCGAGCGUGCACGCUGCACGGGAGGAGGAGUGGCAACGCGUGCGUGCCCUCAGCGAGGCCAAGAUGAAAUUGGAACAAGACCUUGCCCUUGUCAAACAAGAGCUUGAGCAGUGCCAGACAACGUCGGCGGCAGAGCUGCGGCAGUUGCGACAGCAGCACGACGAUUUGCUGAUUCAGCACGAAACGGCUGAACGGGAGGUGGCGGCGAAGACAAAGCAGAUCCGCGGCCUUGAGCAGAAGUUGCAGCGCUUGCAACACAUGGAGGACGUUGCGGAUGAUCUGAAGCAGGAGCUGGCAGACACGCAGGCCCAGCUCACGUCACUUCAACAGCAGCAUCUCCAAGUCACGCGCGAGCGGGAGCGCGCUGGUGGGGAAGUGGAGCACCUUGCACAGCAGGUAGCGCGCCUGCGCGAACACGUUGAACACCAGCAGACAGAACACAACAACCACGUGGACGCAUUGACGUCACAGCACCGGGCAGAGGUCCAAAGGCUCGACGCAGGAAACAGGAGGUUGUCCAAAGAUUUGAAGGUGGUGCAAGCCAAGUUUGCGGAGCUGAGCGAAGCCGCAAAGGUUUUCAAGGCAAAGGCUAAAACAUCCAAGCAACGAUCAUCUGACGAGAUCCGGCAGAUGCGCGAGCGAUUGGCUGCUGUGGAGGAGGCGCUUGAUUCGCAAAAAGCAGAAACGCUGGCGUGGAAGAAGAAGUAUUGCAACUUGAAGUCGCGUGCGCUCAGCUUCAAGGAGGUGGUCACGAAGCACGACCAGCGCGUCAGCGCACAGAUUCUUCAGGGUCCACAUCCCAUUCCUGCGCGGGAAGGACAGGACAAGGCAGACGAGGGCCACCUUGUGAACUUGCGGGACAUCUACCAUCGACUCAGCAUGUGGCGCGACGACGACGGACGGCCGUUGCCGCCACUGCAUGACAACGAUGAGUGACUUCGUGCUCGUACAGUCCAUUGAUUUGAUCCCCGACCACAUUUGCCUCUUCUUUCUUUGUUUUUUUUUUUUU